UCAUUGUCAUAAAAAUACAAACAGCUGGAUUGACAAAUCGAUCGAAACCGCGUCAUUUGCUCGUUCAAAAAGGCAAAACAAUUUUUACAAAAUCAAAAAUGAAAAAUCCAACCGACAUUGUUCCAAGGCCAUCAAAUCUCUUUUGGUGGAUCCUUGGUUCCGUUUCGUUAGCUCUAUCGAUGCCGUACACAAUAUUCAGCAUUCUAUGGCAAAUCAAACAAACAAAAUUGAAGGAAACUUUAGCCGGAAAGGUAGUUGUAAUAACUGGAGCUAGCAGUGGUCUUGGCGAGGCGCUAGCACAUACAUUUUACAUGGCUGGAUGUAAAGUAGUUUUAUGUGCUCGUCGGCAAGAAGAACUGGAGAGGGUACGGAAGGAUCUGCUGGAAUGUCAUCCGCGCGUUCCUACUCAUCCACCAGUUGUUCUACCACUAGACCUCUCCGACCUCAACUCCAUUCCAGACAAAAUCAAACAGGUCCUUGAAAUAUUCGAUCACGUUGACAUUCUAAUCAACAAUGGUGGCAUCAGUGUACGAUCAAAUAUUGUGUCCAGCUCCGUAGACAUUGACAUCAAAGUGAUGCUAGUGAAUUACUUUGGAUCGGUGGCAAUGACCAAGCACGUACUCCCUUCGAUGAUCCAACGGAAGCAAGGGCAAAUCGUUUUCGUCAGCAGCGUUCAAGGAAAAUUCGCCAUACCGAAUCGGUCAGCGUACGCUGCGUCCAAGCAUGCAAUGCAAGCGUUUUCCGAUAGUUUACGAGCUGAGGUGCACAAAGAUAACAUCGAAGUGUUGAUUGUCAGUCCGGGCUACAUAAACACAGCCCUGUCGUUGAACGCUUUGACCAGCACAGGUCGAGCUCAUGGAAUCACGGAUGCGGAAACAGCAUCCGGUAUGAGUCCGGAAAAGGCAUCCGAAGACAUUUUGAAGGCGGUGCUGAUGCAACAGAAGGACGUCGUGAUCGCUCCGUUGUACAUCAGACUGGUUGCCAAAUUGCGCCAUUUUUUGCCGGAAGUUUAUUUUUGGGCCAUGCAAAAGAGGGCCAAAACACUAGCCAGAAAAAUGGAAUUGGAAGCGAUCAAUAAAGCGGACUAGUUAGGUGAAAGAAUUUAUUUAUUUUUCGUUCGUGUCGAAAUUGUGAUGAUGUCUUUAGUAUUAAACGAAUUAUGGUGAGAAGUAGCUGUACUACCGAUUAUGAGACAAAUAAAUGGACUUGAAGUGAGAA